GUUCAGCCGUUGUCUAGGUAACAUUGAAAAGUGCAAUAUCCCGUGUGUGGACUAUACGUUUAGUUAGCACCAAUUUGACGCGCUGGGAAGUCUAUACAGAAAUCUUAUCAUUGAGAUCUAUUACAUUAUUUUUACACCCCCCGAUGCCAUUGAAGUCAUAUAAUAACCAGUGAGUUGCUUGAAACCGAAACAGAGGUACAGCAAUAAUCACAAUAAAAUAUCAGAACUGUCAUUGGCUACUUUCUACAUCUCAGUUCAAGGAAUUAAAUAACCAAGGAUUAAAGAGCAUCUGCUGCUUGCACCGAAAUAACCCGAAAUCUCCAAGUUUUGGAGAAUGGGAUUCACAAAGGUAAGAUUGAAUUUUAUCUGUAUUAUCCGAGUUGUGUAUUUCUCUUUGAAGAACAAUCUCAGCAGACAAUUUAAGUCAUACCAAAAACUAACUUAACGUUUCAUUACUAAUAAGCCUCGAUUGAAACCUCAAAUUACAUGAUGUUAAGACGUUCAUUAAACUAUUAUUUGUAAAUAUAUGUUGGACGCUUUUGAUUUGAUCGCCUUUAAUUAGUAUAAUUGCUUGAUCAGGUAUUCAAAACGAUAACCAGUGAUAUAAGAAAGCUUUUUGUCUGUUGAGAUGCAAGAAUGCAUUUUUUAUGCAUUCAAAACACUCGGCCUAUUCUAAGUAGUGUUCUUGUGUUCUGGGUGAUUAAAGUAACAUGGUGUCAUAGCCCCGUAAUUACCCCGCCCCAAGAAAAAGAGGCAGACUACACUGCCAAAAUAAAGGGGAGUACUUAACUCCCAGGUAAGGAGAGAAGAUAGAGGUAUUAAAUUUGAUAAUGUACAAGACAAUUACCUCGUUUGACCCAUCCUUAUGCCCCGGCUUUGUCAGUUGUGCUAACAAAUAAUGUUUCACCAUGAAUUAAUCCAUCUUGUUUCAUUAAUCCUAUCUGGCACAACGGUCGGCUGCUCAAACUAAGUUGCUAUGCGACCAAUGGAGAACAAGGGGAUGGUGUGUAGUCUAUUAUGUUAACUACCAAACAAGGAAACAAUCCAUUCUUUUACAAACGAAAUCAUUAAUUUAAUGAAACGUUUUAAAAAAUAUAUAUGAUACUUUAUUCAGAUGUGGGUACCGGGACAGUGCCUUCUUUUACUGAUGAUCUUUGGGUUGGAGACCAGCUCAGCCGUUCCCAUUGGAACUUUGAGCAACGGAGACACCGACUUAACGGACCUGCAAGCUCUGCUAACGAAAAAUUUACCAGGAACCGCAGAAGGUGACUUGAACUUUUAUUUGUUUAAAUGCUAUACAAACCUAAUAUGCCAGUACUAUGUAAUUUGAAUGAGAGUAGGGCCUACUAAUGUGUUUAGAUAAUGAGCUUCGAAAAAAGAGAUGAGAGUUAAAACAGGGCUUAACGGUGACAAAACCAUUGUUUGUCAUAAGAAGAAUAAACAUCAAAAUUAAAUAAUGAAAAUAUAAAAUUUUAAUUGAUUUAUUAAGAACUGGCUCUACACAAAUAUUUAGCGACAAUUAUAUCCAUAAGAAAAUCAAAUUUCUCAGUUAUUUUCAACCCAUCUAAUUUUCUCUUCAACUUUUAAAACUGGUUCAUAAAUAAAUGCAUUUCUUCUCGUAUCGAUUAAUUUAAUUAAAUAUAUAUCCCGGUAAACAAACAUGAUGAUGUAAUUUAAAUCAUGUCUUACAACAGAUAAAGCCUCUAUAGUCGAGCUGAUGCUGCAGCUUCUAGCUGAGAUCGACCUUCCAACCCUGUGUGACGUAAUAGCAAACGACACGAAAAGUAAGCGGGGGAAGACGGCCGAAACCACCACUGUCAAUAUGGAGAACGUGCUGCCAACGGUGGAGACGGUGCGCGUGGAAGCAGCCCCCGUCGCCAUAUCAUACUUUAACACGAUAGGACAAACUAAAGCUGAACCCCUGGGGUCAAGUCCAAGAAUUUCCCUCCCGGGCAGAAAGAAACUGGAGGCCAGAAACCCCGCUCACAUCAAGCGCGGUCUGAAACACACUUCAGUGGCCAGAUAUCACAUGUCGUUGCUGGAUAAGAUGAACGAGAGAGAUGAUAGUAUGUACACCGAUGGAAGGGAUAUAGAGUUCGCAGGUCUAGAACAGGGCAAACGUGCGAUUAGUAACCCGUGGUCACCCCAAUCAGAUGCAAGUCCUGCCAACGCUAAUGGCACUCAAGAAUGGCUUAGCUCACUCUCAGAGUACACAGUUUCAAACAGAGAUCUUAGCAAACACAUUUUAAAUUCAGGUCUUGAGUCAAUGUCGUCACACGAAAAUCUAAUAAAACCAGACAACGCCAGGAGCAAGAACCUACCAUUUAAUGUAGACUCAGACACAGAAACCGGAAGCCUUGGCAACGAUGUCAGACAAAACCAAAUCCAAGUCAAAUCUAUAGGCAUUGAGCGUCCAAAAAAUAACUUGUACUCCAGGUCGCUCUUGAAGGCCGAUGCCACCAGUGAAGAGUCAUUGACACGAACGAAGCGACGACGAGAAGACCGUAAAGCCGAGCUCAAACAAAGGUACAACACUGACAAACUUUCAGCUGGCAGGCGCAGGAAAACCGGAUAUGACAUGAAACUGAAGAGACGCUUUCCAAAAGAGGAGAUGCUGCCCAGCAGAACUGAAUACCAGUCUGAUUUAUUUGAAUUCGUUAUGGAUCAAAACACGUCGAGCGGCUUUUUGAAUGGCUAUAAACAAGGACCAAGCUCUUCCUCCAGCCUCAGUAGUCAACUGUCAAGCGCAACCACUCCUCAACAGAUUUCCUUUCACACAUCCAUGAAACCUGCUACUGAGAAAUCAAAUGUUUUUGGAAGCACGGAAGGAGAGAAGCCCAAUCACCAACAUUUAAACUUAUCUAAAGAUAAAGAUUCCUCGAGUCUAGGAAAUGAGAGGAAAGCACUACACAAAACAACAAACGCGUCUGUGGGAGAUAGUAUUCCUACAACUAGUUCGGGUGCUCAGAGAUUUCUCCCAACGGCUUCUCAUGAAAGCUUACAGGAACAGAAAUUUGUAGCUGAUGACAUGGGGCUGAAGAUUAAAACCAGCAAGCUUACACAGGAGGAUAAUUUCAGCAGGAUUAAUGAAACCGUGUCAUUAAUUGAGAACAGCACGACUACAGAGCAGCCACAAUCAAGUCGUAACUCGACCAAACAAGAACAAAGGGAGAUAGCACGGGACAAUGCGGAUAAAGCCCAACCCAUUACCCCUUUCGAACAUUUCAGCUGGAACACAGAAUUAAUCUCAAACUUAGAUGAAUUUUUCGGACCAUAUGUGAACGCAGCAUCAGCUACAGACGAUCAAAGCGAUGCAAAGAAAACUGGCAUGACAAGCAAUGUAAGCGAAGAAGUCAAACUAACCAAUGACAUUAUCCGAGAUAACAAUGCGGUCCAAUCCAAUUUGAUAAAUGAUUUGUCCGAAAACUUGCAAAAGGCAUCCAGCUUGACAGACGAUAAUGCACGCAAUUAUUUUCAUAUAGACGAAAUAAACCAUAUCAUUCACGGGGCCGAGAAAGAGGACGAGGCUUCCAAAAGCUUGAACAGUGUCGAGAGGCCAGCCACAGUAGCAGAUAAUAUUGCAGAGAUUGAGAACAAUUUAAUUAGUUAUGGAGUCGAAAAAGAUUCACCUCAGCUAACAACAAGCGGAUAUAGUGUUCUCAGCAAUGCCGUUGAAUCAAAAUAUGAAUAUUAUGUAAAUCCUACAUUGUCAGGAUAUGGCCAGGACCUGCCGGGGUCACGUGAUGAUACAAAGACGGUGAUGGAAGCUGUCACGUCUGCUUCCAUUGAGGAUUCUACAACCGUUCAACUCCAAGACGGAGAUUUAAGUUCACCGAAUCCAGCUGACUAUACUUCUGAUCAAAGUAAUGUCUCAAGUCAAUCGAUUUCCCUAAAUGCCACAACCAGGUCAACAAACAUAAAUGCAUCGUACAACACAGACAGCACUGCAGACAACAUUCCCGAAUAUGUGACACCACUUGAUUCGAUGCCGGAAGACAAAACCUUCAUUCUCAAUAAAAGAACCCACGACGUGGUGAGUGUACAGCAAGAAUCUCUGAAUUCUGAACCGAUCAUGAAUUUGUCCGCCAAUCUCAACCGCAGUGAUGCAUCUUCUUCGCCCAUCUCGACAUUUAAUUCUACAUUGCUGGGUAAUUUCAGCGAUCUUGGUGUUUCUAAAUAUUCAAGUAACGAAUCGGUCUCAGAAAGUACACCAAGAAGUAAAAACCAAGAAAUGGAAGAAAAAUUAUAUGUCAGGAAUGAAUCGAUGAGCGCUAAGGGAAAUGAAACCCUGGAAGAUAAAGAUAUCCCCAAACGCGUCACUGUAGUUCUCCAAAGUGACAACGUCACCUCAUUUAGCAGUGUAAACAUUCAAACUGAGAAUAUUACCAUAAGCAGCAUGGAAGGUAUUAAAGUCGCCAAUGACACCACCUUGAGCAGUGUACUGUUCCAUUCUGACAACAUUACCACAUACGGCGUAGGAAUAGACAAGAUGACCAUUAGUAACGAGACCAGCAGUGAGCAGCUGCAACACGACGAAAUUACAUCAGGCAGAAGUGAACCUUAUCAAGUCAACAAUCUUACCACAGAGAGUGCUGUGCGCUCUCAUUUGGACACCCCCACAGGCAAUCAAGAUAACAAUGUUACCGAAAUCAGUAGUGGGCACCCUCUAACUGACAACAUCACCGGAAUUUUACACGAGCCACAAGAACUCCACGUUUCCAGAGUAGCAGCAACAUUUGACACUCAUCUAUUGCCACUAGAGAUCAGAAACAAUAACGACGAUAUCGUCGUCCAUUACCAGACACCUUACAACCCCGAGCCGGUGAUGCCGACCUCACCCCUGUUAUAUCAGGUCGAUGUUGAUCAGGGCCAAGAAAUGACGCCAGAGACGUACAUUGUUUCGGGUUUGGACGGCUCAUCGGGUAACGCAGACUCAGAGAAGGAUGUGCGAAGCUGGAGAAAAGAACAGCCGUCCCAGCUGUCCCAACCAGAGAGAGAUUUUAUCUCGAUCGUCAGAGGAAACCACAGAGGCAUCUCAUCAUCAGUUUACAACUCUUUCCUUGGCCAGCCGGUCAUGAAAUCUCUGAAACGAAUACACGAAGAAAAGACAAGAAGUUCCACACUCAGCCAAUUGUCAACUAGUUCCCGCCAUGAACAAUACAAUCAGACAAUCCUCUAUGGACGUGAAAAUACAACUACCGAUAGACAAAAUGUUUCAACAAACACAAUUCUUGAGCAUACAUUUUCACCACUGUUUAACGAGACCGAAAAUUACACCGAGGCAGUCAAAACAGCAGCAGUGUCUAUCGAAGGACAAGGUCUAAAUUAUCUCGAUAACGCUGGCAGAGAUGCUAAUAUUUUGGCACAGAUCAACACAGCCUCACGCAUAGACUAUUCUAACAACGAGUCAGCCACUGUAGAAAAUUUAAACCUCGGUCUUCUGAAUGAAACACAUUUGACAGAAAAUAACGGUACCACAGGAAAUCUCAAACUUGACGCAUUGAAUGAUUCAGUUUUGGAUGAUAAAAACGUGAUGAAAAAACAAGCCCACUUGCAAAAUGACGCAUAUGCUCAGGAAAAUUUAACACAUGCGCUUUCAGAAGCUUUUCACGUGAAUGAAACGCUGCGUCGCAAUGUUGUCAUUGACACGGGAUUGAACGAUGGUAACCGAAACAGAUCUGACUCCGAGAAUCACAAUGUUACUGUCCGUGAAAUAAAUGAUGAAGAUGGCCGUUUCGAUCUUGAAAAGAAUGAAACUUCUGUUGAUAUUACCCGAGUACUCUACGAAACGCUGAACACGAGUUUAUUAAAUGAAAGGCAUUCAAUUGAAAUAAAUGACAGUCACUCUGAUGAUGAAACAGUAAACCCUGUACAAAGUAACGCGACGGAAUUCAAGUUGGCAAACGAGACUCUGCUUGAUAAUAAAAUAAAUCCUGAAACUUCCUUCCGGGAAGGUUUAAACGAAUCGCGGUUCACAGAUGGCGCCCGCACGAAUGUCAACGAUCUGACCACUGACGACUCCCUGAUGGCUAAUUCACGAGAAAGUCAAACCUUGCAGGAAAUUCCAAAAGUGGUCGUUACAGAAAUUAACACACAGCCAUUGGUGGAUACAGCAGAUACCAGAAAUAUAAUGUAUCAAAGCGCCUCAACGGAAGGAGAUAGGUCAUCCGACAAAAAUGUCAUUUCUUAUUUUUCUGAGAUGGGCCGAGCAUCAGGCGGCUAUCAGAUACCUCUGGGAGAUUCCGGCUACACAACUUCAGAUCCUGUCAGUGAAGCGAUUCAAAUAGAAACUACGGCAGUGCCUUUUGAAGAGGAGUCGUCGACAUCUGUCACAGGUUCAUCAGAAAUUUUCUUCAUUGGCACAACUGAUAUGAACGAUGAUGAUAGGGACGAGAACCGCGUUGCUGUCACUCCAGUAGCGCGUCGAAAAAACUGGGCGAAAACCAUUGAAAAUGAGUUGAAAAGAGCCGAGAAAUUCAGAGGACGCAGUUCUUUUGAUGCCGAUGAAGCUUUGCCAUUACAGUUGUUCGAUAGAUCUUACAGCAAGCUCGGAACGAUGAACGAGGAAGGGCCCGGUCGGUUUUUUUACCACCCGAGCAUUAGAAGCAGAGUGAAACCCGAAUCCAGUCCAUUUUCAGCCGGAAUAUCGAACUGGAUGAACGACGGUGACAGGAAUAAGGCCAAAAAAGUCACUGUCAAUCCAUGGAAGGCAUUUAACAUAGAGCUUGGCAAGAAAAAGGUUGAGCGCCAAAGAGAAAUGACACACGGCUCGAGAUUCCAAUCAUAUCCAGGUUCUAAUAACAAGCACCGUGACGAUCUAAUGCAACCGAGUGGAAAAGACUAUCUAUGGAAUGCAAGACCGUGGCCUGCACACGUUAAAAACUUGGAGCAGAGAGUAAACAAUGAGUUCCAAAAACAGAAAUACAGAUUCGGGAUCACGAAGCUGAACGAGCUGCUCAGAGGAAGACAGGGGAGCAUGCACUUUGAGCCCAUGAGGAAAGCCCACGCCAAGCAGUGGGGCGAUAGGUUCAGCCAGGGUUACUACGGGAGGGUUCUGGAGGAGCAAAACCAUGCACCAACCAUAAUUCACGCCUUCGGACUCCCGCCACACAUUGAUCUUGCCAGUUACAACACCCACGAUAUUAAUGCCAAAACCUUGAACGAUUAUAAAACGACCGGCUACUUGGGCGGCAAACGAUCAUCGGACCAGGACGAUAGCGCAGACGACUUCUUCGCCAAGGAUCAUUCCAGAAAAUGGAGAAAACCUACAAAUGUCAAUGUCAAAAAGAGUAAAUUUUCGACGUUGACCGAUGACCGAAGAUAUUUCGGAAAUUUUGCAGCAAGCGAAGUCAUCGGCAGGGCAUCAGAGGAAUGGGGUAUUGAUAAGGUGGAGACCACGACUGUUAAUCCGACAAUUGACGCCCCUGUGGUGAACUUGGCAACUCGGGGAGACGACACUGAGAUGGCACCAAGCAGUUUCCCAGACACUGAGAUGGCACCAGGCAGUGUCCCAGCAGAAGGUAAGCUCAGUUUUUCAUGCAAUGAUUACUGCACGUAUUAUUGUAUUGUCAUUACUAUUGUCAAGUAAGCGCUGUAAUCGAUUCAAGGCAGCAUCCUUAAAUGGAGGCAGGAGAAGCUUUGGUAAAUUUAUAGUAGUUAGUUAAUGAACUUUAGUUCAUUACGACGCCAAUUUUCUCUCUCACUCUCUCUUUCUCUCUCCAUUUAUAACACAAUCUCUCUUUCUAAAAUAUUGAACUCACAAAUGUAUUUAUAUAACGGGUUACAGUUACACCCCGGCUUCUUGCUGGUUACAACUGCGAAAGACUCAUGCAAUCCAUUUAUUGUUAUAUUUAUGUCCCCCCCUCAGACUUCAAGUGCCCAGGGCUAUUCGGUUACCACAGCGAUCCCAAGGACUGCAACUCGUUCUACAUGUGUAGCUGGGGCGUGUCCUACAAACUUCAGUGCUCGCCUGGAACACUCUGGAACUCGAGGGACGCGGUAUGUGAUUGGGCGGCCAAUGUCAACUGUGAUCUUAACCAAGGGAAAACAUCUGGCCUGCGAUAUUAACUAGUCUUAAACAAUUCCCAAAGGAAAAGGAAGUCGGUCUAUCUAACUAACAAAAUAAGUAUUUUUUUUUUAUAUAGAAAACACUAAAAGGAGUGUUUAACGCUAAAAAGUACUUGAUAACUUUAGGACAACACAAUUACACAAAGCAACAAAAGAAUGAAUAAAGCUAUUAUUGGUUGGUCAUAUAAGUAGAGAGACAAUCGGCUUUCUAUUUCAUUGACUUGAAGGAUUUGUAUAAGUACAAUUCACAAACAAAUAAAUCUAUAAUUAACUGCAAGAUACUUUUGCGAGAUGUUAGACCUAAGGCGCUGAAUAACUGAUUAUCUGUUUGGAGAGUAGUUUCUUAGAAAUUGUGCUCAAAAUAAUUUAGAUUUUAAUCAAUAACACUUAAAUAUAUUUAUUAUUAAAUAGGGUUUAUGCGUCAUUAAGGACUCACACACAUUUGAAUAACUUUUGAUAUAGCUUCCAUUUCAUUGUUACAAUAUGUUCAAUUGUGAUUCAUUGACAUUUCUGUAUUUUGAAAAGGGGUAAAUAUUUUAAACGGCAUUCCAAUAAGAAUAUUAGUGUUCAUUAAAAAUACUUCGGUAUUUUUUCUUUUUAAUACACGCUAUACUCAUUGUAAAUACUACGUUAUUGCCUGUAAGGUGUUUUUAUAAUCCACAGUGUACAUAUUGUGUAUGUGAUAUGUUACGAAAGGUGUCCUUAAGAUCGCUUCGUCAGCCUCUUGUAUCUUUUAUAUUCUAUAAUGAGUCAAAGCAACGAUAGCAUUGUUGAAUUGAAUACAUUAUUUUUUUUCAAGUUUUAGAAUAAUGAAUAAUUUAACAUCAAUGAUAUAUUUAUAUUUACUGUAUUUGUUUUAUAUGAAGAAUACACGCAUGCAUGAAUUGUUAUGUAUGUAAUGUCUUAAUAUUCGUUUUUUUUAUAACCAACAAUUAUUUUGUACCUCUUUUUUAAAAUGAUUUUCUAAGUUUUCUACGAAAUAGGAUGUAAAUAAAUACAAAUAUAA